UCUUGCAAAUUUGUCAAUUUGUGGCUCUUUAAUGAGAUACAAAUCUAAGAUCUACAUAUAUAUUAAUAUACGAAGUGCUUAAUAUUCAUUAAAAGAAGAGGGUUGCAUCAGUACUUUACUAAUUUAUUAUUUGUCGCAUCUAGGUGUUUAGGUGUUUUCAACUUCAAGAAAAAUGGAUGGAUCAGCUUCUCAGAGGUUUAUAGAGCGAGGCUCUCAUAAAGGCAAAGGCCUGGCGGUGUUCACAAGUGGUGGCGAUUCUCAGGGUAUGAAUGCUGCUGUACGAUCAGUAGUUCGAAUGGGUAUCUACUUGGGAUGUAAAGUUUAUUUUAUCAGAGAAGGAUACCAGGGUAUGGUUGACGGUGGAGAUAAUAUUGAAGAGGCAAACUGGUCAUCUGUGAGUUCAAUCAUUCAUAAAGGUGGUACAAUCAUAGGAUCAGCUAGAUGUAUGGAUUUCAUCAAGCGAGAAGGUCGGGUUAAGGCUGCAUAUAACUUAGUGACUCGAGGUAUCACUAAUUUGGUAGUCAUUGGGGGUGAUGGUUCACUAACUGGAGCCAAUCUUUUCCGCCAAGAAUGGUCUAGCUUACUUGACGAAUUGUUAGAUAAUAAUAAAAUUACAAAGGACCAGAGAGAAAAGUACAAAUUCUUGCACAUUGCUGGAAUGGUGGGUUCAAUCGACAAUGAUUUCUGUGGUACAGACAUGACCAUUGGUACAGACUCAGCUUUACACCGCAUUAUAGAAGCUAUUGAUGCUAUUGUCAGUACUGCAUAUUCUCAUCAAAGAACGUUUAUCAUGGAGGUUAUGGGCAGGCAUUGCGGUUAUCUGGCAUUAGUGGCCGCUCUGGCGAGCGAAGCUGAUCAAGUAUUCAUUCCCGAAGACCCUGUUCCCAAUAAGUGGGUCGAAAAACUUUGCAAACGUUUACAACAGGAACGUAAGUCGGGUCAACGUUUAAACAUCAUCAUCGUGGCCGAAGGAGCUAUCGAUCGCGAGGGUAAACCAAUCACUGCGGAGCUAGUCAAGAAGGUUGUUGUAGAUAACCUCCAGCAGGAUACGCGCAUCACCGUCCUUGGUCACGUACAACGAGGGGGAUCUCCCUCUGCUUUCGACAGAAUUUUGGGUUGUCGCAUGGGUGCCGAAGCUGUAAUGGCUCUUAUGGAGGCGACCCCAGAAACUGAAUCAUGUGUGGUGACCCUUGAUGGAAAUCAAGCUGUACGGCUGCCUCUAAUGGAAUGCGUGCGUCGCACUAAAGCUGUUGCACAAGCUAUGGCUGAUAAAAACUGGGAUCUAGCCGUACAGCUACGUGGUCGCAGCUUUGCACGCAACUUGGAGACUUAUAAGAUGUUAACUCGUCUGAAGCCCCCCAAGGAAGCCUUUGAUGAGUCGGGCAAACCUGUGGAAGGGUUAACGUUAGCGGUGAUGCACGUAGGUGCGCCCGCGUGCGGUAUGAACGCAGCCGUUCGCUCCUUCGUGAGGAACUGUAUCUACAGAGGCGACACCAUUCUCGGCAUACACGACGGUGUGGAGGGCUUCAUCAGUGGCAACAUUGUUAAGAUGGAGUGGUCUGAUGUCACUGGAUGGGUUGCUCAAGGCGGUGCGUUCUUAGGAACAAAGCGUACCCUACCGGGUGACAAGAAAAGCGCGAUAGCCGCCCGUAUCAAGGAGUUUAACAUCCAAGGAUUACUCAUCAUUGGUGGAUUUGAGGCAUAUCAAGCCGGAUUGGAGAUAUACGAGUCCCGCUCUCAAUACCCUGAGUUUUGUCUGCCAUUGGUGGUAGUUCCCGCCACGAUCAGCAACAACGUGCCCGGCACUGACUUCUCUUUGGGUGCCGAUACCGCACUUAAUGAGAUCACUGAAAUUUGUGACCGCAUCCGACAGUCUGCUCAGGGUACCAAACGUCGUGUAUUCGUCGUGGAGACCAUGGGAGGUUAUUGCGGAUAUCUCGCCACUUUAGCAGGUCUGGCGGGCGGUGCUGACGCUGCAUACAUUUACGAGGAAAAAUUCUCCAUUAAGGAUUUACAACAAGACGUGUACCAUAUAGCUUCCAAGAUGACAGGUGGCAUACAGCGCGGUCUAAUCCUCCGCAAUGAGAAAGCCAACGAGAAUUAUAACACAGAUUUCAUUUACCGCCUCUACUCUGAAGAAGGCAAAGGGCUUUUUACUGCUAGAAUGAAUGUUCUGGGUCACAUGCAACAAGGUGGAUCCCCAACACCUUUCGAUCGUAACAUGGGAACCAAAAUGGCCGCCAAGUGUCUGCAUUGGCUUGUGGAUACCAUUCACAAAGGACCAGCUUGUGGCGCCGACUCAGCUUGUCUUCUCGGCGUCGUGAAGCGACAGUAUAAAUUUACACCUCUAGAAGAGUUAAAGAACCAGACGAACUUUGCCCAAAGAAUAGCCAAGCAACAAUGGUGGAUGAAAUUGCGCCCGUUGCUCCGUAUUUUGGCCAAACACGAUUCCACUUACGAGGAAGAGGGCAUGUACAUGACAGUCGAACAAGGAGAGCUUGACUCCGAACAUGUUAUUUAAUUAAAAUCUAGUCAAAUAAAUGUGAAAUCUGUACUACAUUGCAGUCUUUGGUUCUCGCUUUGACUGGAAGUACAUUUGCAUGUUAUGAAAGCUGCUACAUAAACUUUUAUAUUUGUAAAGAUACAAAGAUAUAGUAUUAUUUUAACCUUAGCAAAGUUAGCAAUGUUAGUUAUUUAAACUGUAGAUUUAUGACCAGUUAUAAUUGUAAUGAAAUAUUUAUUGUUAGUAAUAAAUGUAAAUGUUGGUUCUCUUUUAAAUACAAUUUAUUUUCAGUACAGAACAAUCUAUUAUUAAAAGUUUUGUAAGGUUGACAUUAAAAAACAUCUGAAAUUCAGUGUGUUACUUGCAUAUCAGGUAUAUUUUGUAACUACUCGUUAUAUUUUGAGAUUAUAUUUAUAUGGUAAUUAAUAAUUGCUAAUGUAAUAAUACAAUGCGUAAAUAAUUUAUGCCUUGCCAGUUAUAAUCAUGGUUUUUUAAAGUAAGGUUUAUAUUGGAAUGUUUUGAGGACAGGCACACUUUUAAAAAUGAAUUAUUUUUUUUAUUUUUGUUAUAGAUAUUUGACUCUUAAAGUAUUCGAGUCCUAAAAUGAUUAUAUAAAUAAACUUAAAUGUUUAUGCAUAUUUAAUACUCGAUGUU